ACGCUGCUCCUGAGUAAAUAAGUUAACAUCUUUCUCCACACGGUGGGUGUAACUGCAGUGAAUUACGCCUACUGUGACGCCUUGUGCAUACCCCUCUACAGUAAAUUGGAUAUUUUAGCAAUUGACCGCCAUUCAACUUCCUAUCUGGCUCAUAAGAGUGAAGACAGGACUAGCCCAUUUCAGUACUUCCACUUUCUUUUUUCACCAUCUCAAGGUAAGGGGUUUGUGUUGAGUCAUAAUGGACUCGCAAGUCACUACUGUAAAGUAGUUACAAAUUUGUGGAAUUCUUUGCCAGCAGUCAACCAAAAGAUGUCGGACGUGGUGGACGGUGAUUCUGUGGACGCCCAGGCAACCCAGCCAAGGCCAGUGAAGCCUUCAGGCCCUGCAGGGAAGUCACAAGUGGAUGCCAAGCCUCCUGCUGAUGCCUACAGAUACAACAUGAAUUAUCCAUGCCUGGGCCAGUGUGUCAUCAUCAACAACAAGAACUUUGACAGCAAGACAGGCAUGAACAUGCGGAAUGGGACCGAUGCGGACGCAGGAAACAUGAUGAAGGUCUUUACCCAGCUUGGAUAUAAAGUCAAGAUCAACAAUGACCUCACUGUAAAAGACAUAAAGACAUUGUUAUACAAUGUCUCCAAGGAGGACCACAGCAAGUCGGCCUCUUUUGUGUGUGUCCUACUGAGCCACGGGGAUGAGGGUGUUCUGUAUGGGACCGAUGCCCCCGUUGACCUCAAAGACCUCACUGGCCUCUUCAGAGGAGACAGAUGCACCACACUGGUUGGAAAACCAAAGCUUUUCUUCAUCCAGGCCUGUCGAGGCACGGAGCUGGACAGUGGCAUUGAGACAGACAGCGUGGCCGAGGGCGGCUCCACGGAGAGGAUACCUGUGGAGGCCGAUUGUCUGUACGCUUAUUCCACAGCACCAGGCUAUUACUCCUGGAGAAACACUGCAAACGGAUCAUGGUUCAUCCAGUCCAUAUGUGACAUGCUGCUCCGGUUCGGCAAGGAAUUGGAAAUCAUGCAAAUCAUGACACGGGUGAACCACAAGGUGGCGCUGGAGUUCCAGUCUAGUUCCAACCUCCCAGGAUACAAUGAGAAAAAACAGAUUCCUUGUAUUGUGUCCAUGCUGACCAAAGAGCUGUACUUCCCCUAAGCGAUGCAACCAAAGAUUAGGCUAAUUACUGUGGGACCUGGCUGUGCAACAUAGUGGACCACUUAAAGUCAUGUUUACUAAGAUGCUGAGAAAUACUUGAUUCAAUGUCCAGUGAUAUGCAUACAGCUGAUGUAUUAACUUUGGCAUCAGUCAUUUCAUUUGAUCAACUCAUUGUUUUGACCUUUUUAAUAGAUAUAUAUACAGGAAUCAUUUAAAUUUUUUGACACAGUGAAUGGUAUAGAUUGCAUAACUGUUUCACAUCAGAGCAGUCGGGCAAUUCAGUUGAAAAUGUAAAAUAAUAAUAAAUAAAUAACUUUUAAAUGAACUGCACUUGAAAUAAAUUAUAAAAAUAAAAAUGUUAUUUUUGCUAUAUAAUGUUGCACAGAUACAGUAUCUACUCACUGGAUUAGCUACUUGGUAUGGGUGGAAGUUUAUAAUAUUCAGAGGGGGCAUUUCUUGUUUUCAGUAGGUGGAGUGGUUGGGUGUGCUCUGGAAGAUAAGGUGUGGGUUAGUGCUGCAAGGGAAAGACAAGCAGAAAACCGUAGUGGCUAUUUUCGUCUUGCUCACAAGCAAUAUUCAAAAAAUGAAUGUGGGAAUUUUCAGCUGACUACUCCGAACUUUGGUCAUAGGUUUGACAGAAAAUAAAAUAUAAAACAUUUUUGCUCAAA